CCCCCUGCCACCAUGGCCUCUGGGGUGGAAGUCCUGCGUUUCCAGCUGCCCGGCCACGAGGCCGCGACGCUUCGCAACAUGAACCAGCUGCGCGCCGAGGAACGGUUCUGCGACGUGACCAUCGUGGCCGACAGCCUCAAGUUCCGAGGCCACAAGGUCAUCCUGGCCGCCUGCUCCCCGUUCCUGCGGGACCAGUUCCUGCUGAACCCCAGCUCCGAGCUGCAGGUCUCCUUGAUGCACAGCGCGCGCAUCGUGGCCGACCUGCUGCUCUCCUGCUACACCGGCGCCCUGGAGUUUGCCGUCCGGGACAUCGUCAACUACCUGACGGCCGCCUCCUACCUGCAGAUGGAACACGUGGUGGAGAAAUGCCGGAACGCCCUGAGCCAGUUCAUCGAGCCCAAAAUCGGCCUCAAGGAGGACGGGGUCAGCGAGGCCAGCCUCGUGAGCACUGUGGGUGCUGCCAAGUCUUUGCUCCCGCCGGCCAGGACCCCCAAGCCGGCCCCCAAGCCCCCGCCUCCACCCCCUUUGCCGCCUCCGCUCCUGCGGCCUGUAAAGCUCGAGUUCCCUCUGGAUGAGGACUUGGAGCUGAAGGCCGAGGAAGACGAUGAGGACGAGGAUGAGGACGUGUCCGACAUCUGCAUCGUCAAGGUGGAGUCGGCCCUAGAGGUGGCACACCGGCUCAAACCUCCUGGCGGCCUGGGAGGCCUGGGCGGAGGUCUGAGCAUCGGCAGCUCGGUGGGCAGCCAUCUCGGGGAGCUGGCCCAGAGCAGCGUGCCCCCCAGUUCUGUGGCCCCUCCGCAGGGUGUGGUGAAGGCCUGCUACAGCCUGUCUGAGGACGCAGAAGGGGAAGGCCUGCUGUUGAUCCCCGGAGGCCGGGCCAGCGUGGGGGCCACCUCUGGCCUCGUAGAGGCAGCAGCAGCGGCCAUGGCUGUCCGGGGGGCGGGGGGCAGCCUAGGGGCGGGGGGCAGCCGGGGACCCCUGCCUGGGAGUUUCUCCAGCGGAAACCCUCUAAAGAACAUCAAGUGCACCAAGUGCCCCGAAGUGUUCCAGGGCGUGGAGAAGCUGGUCUUCCACAUGCGGGCCCAGCACUUCAUCUUCAUGUGCCCACGCUGCGGCAAGCAGUUCAACCACAGCAGCAACCUCAACCGCCACAUGAACGUGCACCGUGGCGUCAAGUCGCAUUCGUGCGGCAUCUGUGGCAAGUGUUUCACGCAGAAGUCCACACUGCACGACCACCUCAACCUACACUCAGGAGCCCGGCCUUAUCGCUGCUCCUACUGCGACGUGCGCUUCGCCCACAAGCCCGCCAUUCGACGGCACCUCAAGGAGCAGCACGGCAAGACCACCGCAGAGAACGUGCUGGAGGCCAGUGUGGCCGAGAUCAAUGUUCUCAUUCGCUAGCAGUUGCUGCAUCCCUGGGCCCAAUGGGAUGGGAAGGGAGUUCUCUGGUUCGAGAGAAUUGGGUGGUGAGGGAGUGUGUGUGCAAACGGGGGACCGUUGGGACAGGCAGGUUACAGCGUGGAGAACUGGAACACAUCUAUCCUGAGGAAAGAAUUCCUUGGAGAGAAGAUCCCACCUCUUCUCAAGAAAGAGGGGCUGCCAGGGGGAGAGGCGUUGUUGUGUUUUUGCUUCUUGUUUCUGUUUUUUGAGAAGGUCAAGGGAAUAUGGGGUCCCGGAGAAAGAAUCACCCCUCUUAGAAGUGCAUGGUGGUGUGGAGGGAGGGAAAGGGUCCUGU